UUAAAAAUGGCAGACGAAGAUGACAUCGACAAGGAUGGAGAUAAUAACGGGCAAAAACCGGAUAAAAUGUUCGUUCUCAAAAAAUGGAACGCCGUGGCUAUGUGGAGCUGGGACGUAGAAUGUGACACUUGCGCCAUAUGUCGCGUUCAAGUCAUGGAUGCCUGUUUGCGAUGUCAACACGAAAACAAGCAGGACGAUUGUGUCGUGGUGUGGGGUGAGUGUAACCACUCUUUCCACAAUUGCUGCAUGUCCCUGUGGGUCAAGAAGAACAACCGGUGUCCUCUGUGCCAGCAAGAUUGGAUUGUGCAGCGCAUUGGAAAGUGAUUGUGAAUCGUCGCUUAUAGUCUUCAUGUGUGUGUGUACAGUUAUUUGUAUAUGAGUGUGUGCGUGUGAGUAAUACACAAGGCAUCCAAGUCACCAGCUGCCCUGUGACGGCCAGUAAACCUGAUACCACAAGGGAACUGCGGAAUGUGAUGCCAAGAAGAAAUGAUUUCAGUGUGUGUUGAUGCCUUUACACAUCUUUGUGAAUGUCCGAAGUAAAACAGAAUUGUUUUGAUGUCUACAAUUGUUGUUAAAUUA